AUGAGACUGGACAGUCUCCAUGUUAGCUGGUGGUAUCCAGAGCAUGAGAGGAGUUCAUGUGACCAGGUCAGAGGUCAGGGGCGUGUCCACAGGUGUGAGUUUUACGGCUGUAACAAGGAGUACACCAAGAGUUCCCACCUCAAGGCCCACAGACGCACACACACAGGUGAGAAGCCGUACAAGUGCACGUGGGACGGGUGCACGUGGCGUUUUGCCCGUUCUGACGAGUUAACCCGCCACUACAGGAAACACACGGGGGUGAAGCCCUUCAGGUGUGGCGACUGCGAACGCUCCUUUUCCCGCUCAGAUCACCUGGCCCUGCACAGACGCAAACACACGCCGAUCUGAGGACGGACGGACGGACGGACAGACAGACAGACAGACAGACAGACAGACAGACAGACAGACAGACAGACAGACAGACAGACAGACAGACAGACAGACAGACAGACAGACAGACAGACAGACAGACAGACAGACAGACAGACAGACAGACAGACAGACAGACAGACAGACAGACAGACAGACAGACAGACACUGAGACAAACAGUAGAUGGACUGUUGUAGCCUGCCAUUGUACCGAUGGGUCAGUAGACAGAACAGUAGGAAAGGUCCAGUAAGACUGAGAAGCCAGACAGUUCAUUCAAUGUGUUUUAAACUCGGAUUGAAAGAACAAGUAUCCAAGUACCAAAAUGAUUUGUCUAUUGUAUUUUACUCUGUUUUCCAUACAAAUUAAACUGUGAAUUAAAUGUAUACUAAAAUACAUAUGUGUCAAAUGUUAAAAUGACAUUGAUUUAUUAAUUUAUUGUACUAUAAUGUCUGAAUUCUCUUAAUUAAAUUUCAAAGAAGA